AUGUUCAGGGUCACAUUGAAGAACGGUGAUCUUCAUUCAAUCGAGAAAAUGCCGACUUCUGUUAGCUUAAGAGAAGAUGAUCCUCUGUUGAAGGACCUGAGUGAGAAGAAGCAGAGUUUCAGGAGAAAUGUGGUGUCUUUGGCUACUGAGUUGAAACAAGCAAGGACUCGUCUCGUGGAACAGGAGCGCUCGUGUUCACAAGAAGUAAUGUCGAGACAGGCAAGCAAGCUCAUUCAUAUUGAAGCAGAAACAAGAGUUAAGAGGAUGGAAGAUGAAAUGCUCGAGCUUUCUGAGGAGUUAAACAAAAAAGUUGAGCAGAUUCGUGCAUCGGAUGCGGCUACUGAGAAGUAUGUGAAGGAAUUGGGUGAUAUCAAGUCACAGCUUGCAGCAACACAGGCAACUGCAGAGGCAAGCGCUUUGUCGGCUGAAUCAGCUCAGUCUCAGUGUAGAGUCCUUUCGAAACACUUGCAUGAGAGAACCGGUUCCUUGAAACAGCAUGAGGACCAAGUAACUAGACUCGGCGAGCAGCUAGAGAAUUUACGAAAGGAGAUUCAAGCUAGAGAAUCUUCACAGAAGCAGCUAAGAGAUGAGGUUUUGAAAGUUGAAGGUGACAUCAUGCGUGCUGUAUCAGUGGUCAGGACAACGGAGAGUUUCGAGGUACGGAAAGUGGUAGAUGAAGAUGCUCCAAAGAACUUUGAAAGAAUCAACAAACUUUUGACGACUAAAGAUGAUGAAAUAGCAAGACUAAGAGAUGAGCUAAAGAUCAUAUCGGCUCACUGGAGGUUUAAGACUAAGGAAUUAGAAGAUCAGGUGGAGAAUCAAAGGAGAAUUGAUCAGGAGCUGAGGAAGAAGGUGCUGAAGCUAGAGUUUUGCCUUCGAGAAACACGCAUCCAAACUCGAAAACUCCACAAG